AGAUCUAACGUUUUUCCACGGUUCUAUCUUGGCAACAGUUGUGCCUAUUCACUUUUCACGAGUAGUUAUAGAUAUUCAAGGUAUAAGCAGUGGGAUUGGUUAGCAUCCCCUCUUUGUGUGAGAACCUACAGCUUAGAUGCUUUCCUUAUGUGUUCCUAGAAGUUGCUGAUUAGUUGUCAAAAACCCGUCUUUCUAAUAGGUCGGCGUGUGUACAUGAAGAAAUUGUAAACAUAAAUUCUAUAACGCAUAGUUUUGGUGAAUUUUUAAAUUUUUGUUAUUUUGUGAAUUUGUUAGAAAAAAAUAUUUUAUUCUUCAUCGAUAAAAUAUAUCGAUGAAUUAACUAUUAUCAGUCAAUGAUAUAUGAAAAGUGUUUUAGUAAUUAACAUAUUGGUGUAUUGUUUUUAAUUAUCCAGUUAUUACGCAUCUUUUAAUAAUAAUGAAAUAAUACGAGAUUGGUAUAAUUGAAUUUUGAAUUAAUUUAGAAUACAAUUGAGUGGCAAACUUAUAUUUGUAACCCAAUAAUGGCUGGAAAUGAUAAUACAUUAAACCCAUUAUAUUAUACCAAUAUAUCAAAAGGUUAUCCUAGUAUAGUAGAAAAACCAAUAAUUUCUAAUGACAGUAAACAUUCAAAGUGUGAAUCAAGUUUGAAAAGAAAAAGUGACGAAUCUUAUGGAUUGAAAUCGAUACAACUUGAUACGAUGAAACACUAUCAACAACGAUUAAAACAAAUAUUUAUACCUUCGAAAACUCCUCUGUCUUCAUCAGAAAUGCCUCAUUCAUGUGAUCCACGUAAAAUGCGUCAAUGUAUGAAAGAAUGCAUGAGAGAAUUGUUGGAAAAAACAGAUAAAUAUCCUGCGAUAGAUGAAAUUCAAGACGAAUCUUCUGACGAAGAUCAGCCCUAUCAACCCUUGUACCAAUUGCAACAGCAUAAUAGUAAAUCUAUCACAACAGUAGAUCCUUCAACUGGGCGACUGUGCCAAAUGUCUAUAAAAACAUGGCAGAAUUUGCAGAUGUUCAAUGCUUCAACUACUACAAUACAGUCUGAACACAAAAAUAUGAAUUAUGGUUUUUUGAAGAUUGAUAAACCAAAACAUGCUGUACACAAUAGACGAAGCAGUAACACUAAAAGCGGUGAAUCUACAAGAACUCAUAGCAACAAUGAUGGAAAUAAUAACAACGACAGUGAAAAUGUUAAUAAUGAUUUAGGAAAUGUAAACUCCUAUCCAGAAUUGAUUGCAGAUGCUGUAGGAUCUCCAGUUAAAAAAUCAGUGCCUUCAAAUAAAGCUACUAUUAAGCUGAAAUGCAGUUACUCUAAAUAUAAAAGAAUUAAAACCAAAAAUAAUGAAUUAUCAUCACAAAAUUCUUCUGAUGACGAAGCAGACGAUGACUAUGUAUCCUUCAGUGAUUCAAUCAGCCCUUUUAGGCGAAAAGAAAAGACUUCUAUGAAAUUGCAUCUUUAUGAGAAAUCUGACAUACUAAAGAAGAAGAAUAUAGUUACUGAAAGCGACUGUGCUUCAGAUAAUAUUUAUGUACAAACAUCAAAUUCCGAAGAUUCAAGUGAUAUGGAAACUACUAGAGUUGGUUCAUCGAAACAUCACAGAAUAUCACGCAUUCCUAAUUCAUCAAGCAAUACAGGAAAAAAUGGAACCUUUUCAAGAGAAGAAACGCUACAAAGAACGCAAGGAUUUUUUAGAAGAAAAGAAUUGAAAGCACAAAGAAGGGCUGAAAAACGUAAAAAUGAAUGCGCAUAUGGUGCUACGUCACUUAAAAUCAAAAAACAAUUCUCACAAUAUCAAAGAUCCAUGAAUAAUGUUCAAAUUAGUGACGAAGAAGAUACUCAGGAUUCCUCAUCAAUAAAGCAUUUACCAAAAAAUAGUGAAAACUAUACAAGUAGAUCGUCACCGCAAUCUUCAAUUGAACGUGAUUUUAAAAAAGCACGUCAUAUCUCAUCUCAAUAUACAGAUAAGAAGCAAAGGAGUGAAAAGAAUUCAACGCAAAAGAAAAAUAUAGACCGAAAAAAAAUAUCGAGCGAUGAUUCUAGCUCAAGAAGAGAUAGAUCAUAUACUGAAAGUAGCGAUAAAAGUAAAACUCCAACUAAAGAAAUCAAGAAACAGCAACAAUUUGAUAAUGUAAAAGAGUUGGAAAAAAGUAAGCGACUUGAAAGUCAAAAACAAAAAAAUAUUCGAAGCUCAAUUGACUCUGGAAUUGGCAGAGUAACUCCAACACAAGAAGCAUUAGAUAAUACAGAACCUAAAAAACGUUCCAAAAGUUCUAAACAUUCUAGGCAUUCUGAACACUCUAGUAGCAAGUUUAAUUUCGAUAAGGAACAUGUUGAAUCAUUGGAGAGAACACAUAUGAAAAUACAAAAAAAACUAAACGAGAUGCCAAACAAUGAAACAAAUAAGAAUAAACUAUUGUCAUUGCCAUUCAUAAAUGAUAGUGAUGGUUGUAAAACAGAUGAUGAUUUGACAUGCGAUAAUUAUGCAAAAGAUUGCAUUGAUCCUAAAAAUAACAGUGAUGUACAUGACGAUGUUUUCUUAGAAAAUAGUCAAGAAAUCUUAAGUACAGAAGUUACAAGUGACAAAAAUAAAACAAUACAUGAUGAUUCAACUAGUAUUUGUGAAGAAGUUAAUAAAUUAUUAUCUAACUAUUCAUCAAGCGAUGAAAACGGUGAUGAUAUUAAUUCAAUAGCAAAUAAAAAAUUUGUUGAUAAUUCAAAUGUUACAGCUGAAUCUAUUGAAACUAAUUUAAUUGAAAAUAAAACUAACAUUAAAAGUUCGAGUGAUAAUAAUGUGGGACCUGAAAAUAACUUAGCUGAAUCCAAAGAUAAUAAAUCUAUAAUUGAUAAGAAAAAUUUCGAUACUAAUGAUUUUCUAAAUAACCAAGAGCCAUCAAAAUCUAGUCAAAAUUGUUCCUCUGAUAAAAAUUCUAAUAUUAAAUCAAAUCAACUUGAGUGUGCUGUAGACUUUGUCAGAAAAUAUCUCGAAAAACGAACACAAGAAAAUCCUGCACUUAAUAUUGAUCAAUUGCUAUCAAAGCUAUUUCAAAAUGAUGAAAGUGGAUGUCAGUGUAAACCUAAUACACCACCACCAAUACAAAAAGAUCCUAGCGAACCUUUGAAUAAAAAUUCAGAAAAAAAUUCAAAUGUAGCAGAAUCAGUGAAAGCUUGUGAAUUCGACGAUAAAAAUCAAAAUCCAGAAAAAGUUGAGGUGCAGAAUCCAGUAUUUAUGCUUAAUGUUCUUGUUGAUGUUCAUCAAGUUGAAAAUUCUAAAAUAACAACUUCUACACCGUCUACAUCAACAGUGACAGUAACAUCUUCAACUAAUUCACACAAUUUCUCAACGAUACAUCCAACAGCAGCAUUACCAACGACAUCAUUAAUAACAAGCGGAUCACAAUCGGGUUCACAUUUUGCAAUGAGUAAUAAACCAUGCUCGUUAACAACAUUAGCAUCACAAAUAUCAACUCCUACUCUCUCAACUGCAACACCAACAACUCAACAGUUACCUCCAUAUCGAAGUCCUUCGCCUGAGACGUUACCAACUCCAACAAGCCAACUACCUCCACAUCAAGAUCCUUCAACAUCCUUAUCAUCAACAUUAAUCAUCCAGAAACCACCACCAUGCAGUAGUUUAUUUCCGAAUGAACACUGUUUGCAACACGAUGACUCGUCAGGUAAAAAACCAGACUUCCAAGAAAAUAAAUCAAAUAUUCUUCGGGAACAAGAAAUUCUUGAGAGUAAGGAUUGUCGUCAAUUGAUGUAUGAAAUAGUUGAAAGUAUACUUAAAAUACGAAAAUUCUUCAAAGAAUUUAAAUCAAUAAUUCGAGAUCCAAAUUAUAAGCCUUUCAAUUUUUCGGCGCAUCCAUUAUAUAUAUAUGUGAAAAAAAUUUUUCAAUACAUGAUGAAUUUACGAAAAUUACUGAAGUGUGAUUGGGAAUCAUUAUUCACUAAAUUAAUGUCAUAUAGUCAAUCAUUAGAAGAUAAUUCUAAACAAAUUAAUUUACAUGAUUUAGGAACUACUGUGCAAAUUUAUUGUUGUGGAAAUGAUACACUGACUAAAUUAUCAUCAAUCGAUCCGCAAAAAGGAAAAACUGUAAAAACAACAUCUGGAGAUUUAAAUAAUCCAAAUACAGCAGUAGGAACGAUUCAAUCUUCUUCACCUUCCAAUACUAUGGAAUCUCAAGGUAACAGGUCCACUGUUUCUGGAUGUGCGUUUCCUAAUUAUCCUGGAGAACUAGUGACAAAUUCUUUUUCAUCCCCAACGAUAAAUUACAAUCUACAAAGUCAUUCACAACCGGAAAGAUCUGCAUUACAACAAUCAAACACAACUGAAGCAAUGUCAGCCUUCACAACAUCUAAAAGCAUGGAUCAAAAUCAACAAAAUAGUCUUCGAAAUGCAAUGCUAUUAGAAUUAUUGACCUCCUAUGGAAACAAUCAAAACCCCAAUCAGUUUCAAGCUUCAGUAAAUCAACCAUCUAACAAUAUUCUAACACAAGCGCCUGUAUUAUCUUCAGACAUUCAUUACAAUCAGUUCCAACAACGAAAUAUUUAUCCAUCACCAGUACCAUCUCCUAAAGUCAAUAACGAUGAACAACUUUAUAAUCUACCUAAAAGUUCAAUAAAUCAACAAUUCAAUAAUCAAGCUGAUAAUUUAACGCCACAACAAUCAAACGUGAUGACAACACCAGUAGAACUUUCCAACACAUAUAAUCAACAAUAUUACAAUCAACAAUUGUACAAUCAACAACUCUAUAAUCAACAACUUUAUAAUCAACAACUCUACAAUCAACAACUUUAUGAUCAAUCUAGAUCUUCCAUGUCUGGGCAAUCAAAUAUUGUUUCAAACCCAGUACUUUCUUCUAAUGCCAACAAUAAUCGAAAAUGCAAUUAUCAUUCAAAAAAUUUAACUGUUCCUCAGCCAAAUAUUGCCUCACCACCAGUAUCAGCUUUUAAAACUAACAACAAUCAACAAUACAAUAGUCAAAUGAAUACUUCACCAUAUCAACAACCAUAUACUGUCUCAACACCAGUGGCUCCAACUAAUAUCACCAACAAUCAACAAUUUCAUAAUCAAGCGAUUUAUAAUCCACAAAUUUAUAGCCAAUCAACUUCUAUGUAUCAGCAGCAAAAUAAAGCCCAAACACUAGCAUUAUAUCCUAAUGGUAAUAAUAGCCAACAAUACAAUAAUGGAGUCAGUGCUUCAAUGUCUCAACAAUCUUACAUUUCUUCAGCAUCAAGAUUAUGUCACCCUAGCUGUAAUCAAAUCAACACGCUGAAUUCUCAAAAGCCGAAUAUGGUUCCAAUAUCAGGAUUGAAUUCCAAUGUCAAUAACAGGCAGCAGUACAAUAAUGGACCGAAUAUUCCAUUAUCACAACAAAAAAAUAUUGCUCCAACGGCACAAUUAUCUUCCAACAAUAAUCAACAAUACCAAAAUCAGACAAAUACUUCAAUUCCUCAGCAAUCAAAUUUGGUUCCACCGAUGAUAUCAUUUUCUCUAACUAACAAUAAUCAACGGUAUAACAACCAACCUGAAGCUAUAAUAUCUAAGCAACACAAAAUUUCGGUAGCUACAUCGCUAUCUUCUACAAUCAACCCUAAUCAACAGAAUUACAAUCAGUCUGAAGUUUUAGCUCAGCAACUAAAAAAUGUUCCCACAUCUACGAAGGUCAAACGAUCUCAAAAAAAGGUUUUAGGAAUUGUUCGAGAUAAACGGUCUAGUAAAACUAUUCGGGCUCAAAUGCAACAGUCUUCAAUUAAUUUACCAACUGCAGUACAAACUAAUGUUUUACGACCAGCCAACCACAACACAACUUAUCAGGAUCAAGUACAAACCACUAUUAAUCCACCACCUGCAGUACAAACUAAUGUUUUGCGACCAGCUAACCACAACACAACUAAUCAGGGUCAAAUACAAACCACUAUUCAUCCGCCAACUCCAGUACAAACUAAUGUUUUGCGACAAGCCAACCACAACACAGCUAAUCAGGUUGUAGCACAACAGUUUUCAAUCAAUCCACAAAUUUUGGUACAAUCUGGUGUAAUGGACCAAGUCAACUAUAGUACAACUAAUCGGAUUCAAGUACAAGCCACCAUUAAUCCGCCAACUCCAGUACCGUCUGAUGUAUCACGACCGAUCAAUUUUAAUGAAGUUAUUCAAUCCCAAGCACAACUGUCUUCAAUCAACCCACAAACUUCGAUACCAUCUGGUGUAAUGCAGAAAAUCAACCAUAGUACAGCUAAUCGGAUUAAAGUACAAGCCACCUUUAAUGUGCCAAUUUCAGUACCGUCUGAUGUAUCACAACCGAUCAAUUUUAAUGAAGUUAUUCAGGCUCAAGCACAAACGUCUUCAAUCAAUCCACAAAUUUCAAGACAAUCUGGUGGUUCACAAACAGCUAAUCAUGGUAGUACAACAAAUCGGUCUCAAAUACAACAGCCCUUUAUUAACCCAUUAAUUGCGUCACCCUCUGAUUUAUUGAAAAAAAUUGACCAUGUCCAAAACAGUCAAACUCAAGCCCGGCAGCCUUCUACCAACCCACCAACUGCUGCACAAUCAGGUGUAUCGCAGAAAGUCAAGUUCAGUACAGCUGCUAAUCAAGUCCAAGUACAACGAAUCUCCACUAAUAUACCAACUUCGUUACAGUCGGGUAUAUCGCAGCAAGUUGAUUAUAGUACAGGUAAUCAGGCCCGAGUGCAACUAAAUUCUACAAAUCCAUCAACUUCAGUACAGUCUAGUAUAGUACAACAAGCCAACGGGAGUGAAGUUAUUCAGGCUCAAGCACAACUCUCUUCAAUCAACCCACAAACUUCGGUACAAUCUGGUGUAAUGCAGCAAAUCAACCAUAGUACAGCGAAUCAGAUUCAAGUACAAGCCACCAUUAAUCCGCCAACUCCAGUACCGUCUGAUGUAUCACGACCGAUCAAUUUUAAUGAAGUUAUUCAGGCUCAAGCACAACCGUCUUCAAUCAACUCACAAACUUCGGUACCAUCUGGUGUCAUGCAGCAAAUCAACCAUAGUACAGCUAAUCGGAUUCCAGUACAAGCUACCUUUAAUGCGCCAACUUCAGCACCUUCUGAUGUAUCACGACCGAUCAAUUUUAAUGAAGUUAUUCAGACUCAAGCACAAACGUCUUCAAUCAAUCCACAAACUUCAGUACAGUCUGGUGGUUCACAAACAGCUAAUCAUUGUAGUACAACCAAUCGUUUUCAAAUACAACAGGUCUUUAUUAAUCCACCUUAUUCUGUACAGCCUAGUGGAUUACACAAGCCAAUUUUUAUACAGUUAGUCAGGCCCCAGCUCAACUGUCGUCUACUAAUUCCACAUUUUUGGUAUGGCGGUCUGAUUUAUUGCCACAAACAACCCGUAGUGAAUCUAUUCAGGUUCAAUUACAGCAGUCUUCGGCCAAUCCACCAACUUCAAUACAAUCUAAUGAAUUACGACAAGAUAAUCAUAAUAGAAUUUUAAUAAAAAAAAUAAGCAAUGUAGUCACUCCUAGUAAUGAACCUGAUAGAACAAAUAAUUCAAUAAUGGUUUCACACGCUUUAGAAUCUCUUACAUCACUUCCAAUGAAUCGUAAAAAUGUUAAAAAGGGAAACUCUAGUAAGAAACAAGCUCAAAAAGCAGAAACAAUUUUAGCACAAAACAUUCCAAAAGUUACAGAAAAUACAAAAGUCUGUUCAAAAGAAAGUACACAAGAUUCUUCCACUCACACUUCAGUAAUAAAUAAUGAAAUAAACAAUGAUAAAGUGGAAAAAAUAGAAAAAAAACAAGAUUUAGAUGGAAAUGACAAUUCAAUUGGUUCUCAACAAGUUCUAGUACAAAAUGAAAAUCAAAAUGAUCUUAUACUUGUCGAAGUAAAAAAAGAAAGUAAAUUUACAAAAAGGGAUAAUCGAUCAACUCAUGUUGAAGAUUUGCAUGAUAUAAACUUUGAUUUAGGAUUUUUGGAUGACACCGAAUAUAUUAAAGACUCACAAAAAUCUAUAAAAGAAAAGAAGUCAAACACGAGUAAAAAUGUAUCUACUAAUCAAGAAAUCUCUGUAAAGGCUGAAAAAUUAUAUGAUAAAGUUCGUAAUAAGUUAGAUAAUUUUCAUACAAAAAUAGGAUCUUUGAUAAACAAUGAUUUCAUUACACUUGAUGAUAAUGAGAAUGAUGACGAUCAAAAUGAUCUUGAUAAAGUAUCUAUUAUUUCAUCUGAUAGAGAAACUGUUAAAAUGGAUCAAACUGAAGAUGACAUACUAAUAGACGAAGAACACAUUAAAACAGAUACGUAUAUCUAUACAAAGCAAUGUGUAGGAGAAGAAAUCGACUGUGCAAUGUCGGGUGAAAAUUCAGCUUUUUCUAACAAUUUGAUAAUUGAAAACGUUACGUCAAUAACAAGUGAUGACUUCAACAAUUUGAAAGACGCUGGAGAACAAAGCAAUAAAUCACAAGCUAACGAUGUACCUGAAACUAUUGAUGUAAAACUGGAAAUCGAUGAAGAGGAAUAUUAUGUGAUAACAUAAACAAUUUCAACAACCUACAAAAGCAAGCAAUAUUUAAUAGUAGUUAAUGAAUUAGUCUCAACAAUUCGAGUAUUCAUAUACUAAAAUAUAUAUAUAUAUUAAUAUAUGUAUUAUUAUUAAAUAUUACUUAAUUGAUAUAAUUAAUAAUAUUAGUAGAAUACAAGUAUGUUAGAUACUUCCCUAAAAGCUAAAUUAAUACUAAAUUAAAAAAAGUAAACUUUUUAUAUCUAAGGUGUCCAAAGAAUAAAUAGUUGACUUUAUUUGGUUAAAAAAAAUCAGUUUUUCUACUUAAUUUUUACAGAAACUAAAUUGUAAUUUUUAAUAAUAUAAAAAAAAACCAUAAACUCAUUCAGUGCAUCUAAUAGAUUUUUCAAAAAUUCAUAGUAUAAUAUUUAUUAUUUUUAUACAUGAAUUUGUUAUAAUAUACACUAUCAUAUCGAUGAAUAAUAAUGUUAAUAUUUUAAUGAAUUACUAAUUUAUUUAUGGUGGCCGUGUCCCCAUGGUGCUUCAUAACCUAUGCCACGAAUAGCAUUCCUUUCUGGGUUGAAAAAUAGUGAAUGCUUUCCAUCACCCCAUGGCCAAGGCUGUGAACCAAUUAAAGUUAUUUUUCCGAGAAAAUAACAUAUUUAUAAACUAGUACAAAAAGAAAGACAUGUAGUGAACAGAGUGGGAGUAACUUGAAGUUUUUAGGAGUAUAAAUUGUGUAAAAUCAUUGAGAGGGUCCAAAGAGAUUCUCAUAUUUGUUUACAGAAACUAUGAGAAUUAUACUCGCUCCCAAAAAUCAAGUUUUCCCAUCUCUGAUAUGUACGUUAUGUAGAUGUAUUAGAAAAUAUAACGAAUGAAAAGACAUUUAUUUUCAUUGUACUGUUUAUAAAUGUUGAAAGAAAUAAAAUAUAAGUUUUUAUAUAA